AUGAAGACCGACAACGCCGCCCUCAGGGGCGCCACGCUGGCCUUUCGCAAGGACAAGCUCGAGGUUGGGCAGCGGGCCGAGGGAUCAGGAGGAGGAGGAGGAGGAGGAGGUGCAGGCGCAGGGCGGAAUAGGGACAAUGGCGCGUUUACGGCUGCGACGGAGGCUGUGAGGGGGAGGGCUGAGGGAGCUGCAGCGGAUGGGAGGACACAGCAGCAGCAGCGCCCGCAGUUACAGUCACAGCACCAGUCUCAGCAGCGGCAACAGAUACAGUCCCAGCAGCAGCAGCAGAUGGAUGGGACGAUGGGCGGGGGUGGCGCGUCGUCGGCGGCGUUUGGCUCUACGGGCGGCAGGAUGGAUGCGAAGAACCAGAGCUUGAUCGCGGCGACGCUGGCGGCGAGCCGGAGCGCCAGUCCGACGGCGGGCGGUGCGAGUGCGAACAACAACAACAACAACACGGGCGCGAGCGUCAAUAUGAUUGUUGGGGGAGGAGGAGGUGGUGGUGGUGAUGCCGUGGACUCGGGCCCGUUGGCGUCGGCCGGGUCGCUGAUUUCGAUGUUUGAAAGGGCUAGGGGGAGGCCUUCGCCGCCGGAGUCUGUUGGGAGCAGCGUGGAGGACAGGGCGGACAAGGCGGACAAGGUCAAGAAGAAGAGCAAGGCGGCGGCCAAGGGGGAUGCACCGCCGACGCCGCCGGUUGCGAGGAAGACCAAGCCGCGGCGUGAUCCGGUGGCUGAGGGUCCGGCUGGGGACGCAAGGGCGAGGCCAAAGGCGCCGGCGGAGGCGUCGGGCGGCUCGGUAGCUUCAACUACUGCGCAGAAACAGCAGCAGCAGCAUCAACAACCUCAACCUCGACAACCUCAACCUCGACAACCUCAACAUAUACAGCAGCAGCAGCAGCCGGCGAGAUCAAGGGACGGCAAGCCUGUCUCUUCACCUCCAAGGCCCAUGACGCCAACCCCCGUCUCCAACGCAGCUUCGCAACCAUCCACGCCAGCCGCGUCCUCGGAACACAAGAGCUCGCAUGCUCGGCCGCGCGCGCUUCAUCCGUCGACGCCGCCGCCUCUUCAGCCGCUCAUGAGCAGGAACGUCGCUGAGGUUGUUUCUCCGCAGCCGACGAGGGUAUCGAGGGCGCCGUUGAGUCCCGUCACGUCGGCUCACCUUACUCUCAGCCCGAGCAUACACAUUGCGCUUGCGUCGCCGUCGCCUGAUCCUCCCAAGAAGAGUCGGGGUACUGCGGCGAAACGACCGCCUACGCCGCCGAAACCGAGGGGCAGUGGGAAGGAUGUGCUGGAUAAAGAUAAAGACCAACCUCGGCGUCGAGGCCGAUCGAAUAGCCAUCAUUUAGAUACGUCGUCGUCUGGCCAGGCGCGGAGUUCGAUUGCCUCCGCGGUAUCUCGGUCAGCGGGACAAUCGGUGUCUCCUUCAGGCCAGCGGGGAGAGCCUCGUCCAUCUUCCAUGAUUUUGGGCAGAAGACACUCUACAGUGACCGUUGGGGAACUGGCUUCUCAGCGACGAAUCGCCAAUGGUUCACCAGGUCGGACGCAGCUGGAUAAUCUCACCGAUGCGAUUGUGGCGGGUUCAUUGGCUUCUACACGGCUGACGCCGCAUAACACGGGGCCCGCUUCAUUGGCUCCUCCUCCCUUGCCGAAACGGCAGAAGUCACCUCGACUUUUACAUACACUCCGACAGCCGCAAUUACUAGACGAAGAGGACGAUCAACACAAGAAGGGACAUAGAGCGCUGUUACGAAAGGGCAAGCAUGCGCAUCAUGAAGGAUCACGGAAGAAAUGGCGGGAGGAGAUUCGACCCCGGGAGAGGAAGCGGUAUGAAGCGCUGUGGGCGUCGAACCGCGGGAUACUGCUUACCGACACGCGGAUGAUGAGUCCGGCGACGAGCAUAAGCAGCGAUCUCGAUCGGGACGUGUCGCAGUGCGUGGCCAACGUUGUGGUGAGGGAGGUGUGGAAGCGGUCGAGAUUGCCGUUGGACGAACUAGCUGAGAUUUGGGACCUGGUCGAUCGAGGAAGGGCGGGGAUGUUGAGCAGAGCCGAGUUUGUGGUGGGAACGUGGCUUGUUGACCAGCGGCUCAAGGGGAGAAAGGUGCCGGCCAAGGUGACGGAUAGUGUCUGGGGGAGCGCGAACGGGGUCAUGGUCAAGGGGCCGAGUGGGAAGUGA